AUACCACAAGUACAGUAAAAGAUGGGGAAUGAAAUAGAUUUCAGCGUGUUCAUGCCAUGCGUCUUGUGCCAUGUUCUGGGAGAUGUAAGAAGUUGACAGUGAUCUUGGCGAUCGUAUGUUCUUGUCUACCUCUACGAAUGUUGCCACUUGGGUUCUACACAAGUAAGCCAAAUUUACACCGUACACCGAGGUAUCCCAGGGUAUCUAAACCAUUCAGACUACCUCUACUCACAAAACCUCACAAAACACCAGACAUCUCGCAAGUAAACAAACCAAAAGCACAUCUCAUAAAAUAACAACCAAAAACUCCAAACGCCUCUUCGACAUUGCAUCUCUCAUCAA